AUGUCAGUCACGCCGCAUUCUCAAACCUACACAUCCGUGCUUGCCGCUCUCGACCUGCCAUGUCAACACCGUGUCGGCAACACGAGGCCGCAUCCACGCUUCGAGCAGCGCGCUUCGCUAGUUACGCUGACGCAGCACGGCCAAGCCGUGUCUCGCCGUCACCGCGCCGCGGGUUAUCAUUUGAGUAGUUCAGCUGUACUCGACAACAGGCAGCCGCAGCUACAAUUUUUUUUACGCUCGUCGAAGAUAUCGAGAGUUUCCCGCCGCGCGCCGAGCCGUGCAGUGCGUUGCGCUGCGAAUUCGUUACAGGGCGACGCGUUAAGCGGCGAUACAGGUGCGGUGAGGGAGGAAGGCGCGGAUGUGGUAGCCGGCGCGACAGUGAUAGCCGCGACACAGGCAGGCAGCGAAGAGGCGAGGGGAGAAGCGGUGGAGGGGCAAGGCGCGGAGAAACAGGAGGGGCCGCGGCUGGCGUGUCCUGUGUGUCUGCGGCCUCUGGAUGUGUCGUUCAGGAGCAAGCAACGCUCCUUCUCCAUGCAGUCAGCGCCAUCGGCGCGCCUGCAGUGCGCGCCAUGCCGGCGCACAUACACAGCGCGCGCGGGAUUCGCGGACCUAGUGCUCACUGCGGGGGUCACGCAGUACAUCGAGCCGCCCCUGCCCUCUCGCUCCGAGACCUUCAAGAACCCCCUGGUGUCCUUCGCGUAUGAGCGCGGGUGGAGGCAGAGCUUCGCUGGCUUUGGCUUCCCGGGGCCUGAUGAGGAGUUCCUGAUGGCGCAGCGGCUGUUCCACGAGCAGAAGGGCGGGCUCCUCGUGGACCUCUCGUGUGGCUCGGGCCUCUUCACCCGCCGCUUUGCUGCCAGCCAGGACUGGCGCCACGUGGCAGCUGCUGACCUGUCGCCCGCCAUGCUGGAGCAGACUGCUCAGUACAUUCGAGAUGACCCGCUGCUGCGGGAGCAGCAGAGCGCCAUAUCGCUACUGAGAGUAGAUGUAUCGCGCCUGCCCUUCCCAUCUGCGUCAGUGGACGCCAUUCAUGCCGGCGCCGCCCUGCACUGCUGGCCCUCGCCCUCUCUCGCGAUGGCGGAGAUCAGCCGUGUGUUGAGGCCGGGGGGCAGGUUCGUGGCCACCACGUUUCUGCUGCCCAAGGCGCCCAUCGCCGACGAGCUCUUCAAGCCCCUGCGCAAGCAACUAUCGGUGAGCCAGCAGCUGCCGUUCCGGUACUGGGAGCCAGAGGAGCUGGAGGAGCUCAUGGGGCUGGCGGGGCUGGAGAACUACACGAGCGACAUCCGCUCGCAGUACAUCAUGCUCUCCGCUCAGAAGCCCUCGCGGUGA